AUGGUCAAAGCUGUCGCUGUUUUAAGAGGUGAUGCCGGUAUUUCUGGUGUCGUUAAUUUCGAACAAGAAUCUGAAGAAAAACCAACAACUGUCUCAUGGAAGAUUACUGGUUGUGAUCCUAAAAGUUUGAGAGGUUUCCACAUUCAUACUUUUGGUGACAACACCAAUGGCUGUACUUCUGCCGGUCCUCAUUUCAAUCCAUUUGGUAAAACUCAUGGUGCUCCAGAAGAUGAAAAUAGACAUGUUGGCGAUUUGGGUAAUGUUCCAACUGACGCCAAGGGUGUUGCUGAAGGUUCAAAAACCGAUUCUUUAAUUAAAUUACUGGGUACCAACUCUAUUGUCGGUAGAACUGUUGUUAUUCACUCUGGCCAAGAUGAUUUGGGUAAGGGUGGAAACGAAGAAUCCCUAAAGACUGGUAACGCCGGUACAAGACCAGCUUGUGGUGUUAUCGGGUUCUCUAACUAG